AUGGACUACAGCACGAUGUUCGCGCACGACGGUGCCGCAUCGCCCGAUGCUAGCGAUGCCUCGCCUUCAGGCAGCCGCGUCGCACAGUCGCCCAACUGGGAGCUGCGCGACGAGGACGACGAAGAGAUCGCGCUGCUCACCAUCGGCGACCUGGCGUCGUACGGCAUCGUCGUCGAGAGCCCCGGUGGCGUGUCCGCCAUCAGCUCUGCGGCUGCCUCGCCUGUCGCUACGCGCUCUGGCCUCUACGACAGCGACGAGGAGAUGCCCGAAGCGACAGCCGUGUCGUCGCCGGCAGUCUCGCGCUCCGCCAUCCUCGCUCGCGGUCCGCGCCGCGAGGCAUCCUCGGAGUCGUCCAGCAGCAGUGCAGACUACUCCGCCUUCCUGCUCUUUCACCGUCUGUCGCUCGAGGCGCUAGAUGUCUCAACGUCGACCGACAGCCGCGAUGUGUCGCGCACCGAGCUCAGCUCGGACCUGUCGUACGUAUCCACUGUGCCGACGUCGGCUGGCGGCUCGGACGACGAGAACGAGCCCGACAAGGAGGAGGUCGCACCUCGCCGCAACACCAUCCUGCCGAGCAUCAAGAUCGUCGCCAGCAGUCCCUGGCCCGCGCAUGCGACAAGCAGCUUCACGCCGCAGAUGGUGCCCGCGUGCAGCGAGCCCGUCGACUCGGACGAGGAGGAGUGCGACGUGUGCGAGCGCCCGCAGUCGCGCUGCCCCAACUACGCCUGCCUGCUGCAAGGCCUCGAGAUGCUCCAGAGCGACGUCUUUGCAGGCGAGUCGAGCGAGCCGCCGACGCCGGCCAGCCCCGUGGAUGAGGCGAUGGCGACGCCGCCAGCCACCGCGCUGCCUGAGCGCACAAGCUCGGAGGCGUGUGUCUCUGCGAUGCUGGGCAGCACACGCUGCACGCACGGCCUGCCCGCCGGCCGUGAUUGCGGCGACCCGACAUGCGAGGGCUGCGGCGCCAUCUUCUUCAACGCCACGCCCGGCAGCGACGCCAGCUCGUCGGGCGAAGCUGUGCUUGACUUCCUCGCCGCUACGUCGGCGCCGUCUACGGCUGCAGCCACGACAUCUGCUGCGCCGCGCCCCUCUCGCAAGCGCAGCAGCGCCUCGGCCGGUAUCGAGCUCGCCGCUUCCACGUCGGACAAGACCGUCAAGGGGGAACGCGAUGCGGCGCUGGCAGCCCGCCGCGACGAGUGGAUCUCGCGCAUGCGUGGCCAGACGCGCUUCUACGGCAGCGAGAAGCGCAAGGAGAGCCGCCGCAGCGCCCCCUCGGCGCCGUCGCUGCUGCACUCCGGCCCGACCGGCGGCGUCAACCUCAAGCACGGCGAGCUCGACGCCGUCGUCAUCGCGGCGCCACGCACGCUGGCCGCCGCCCGUGGCCCCGUGCUGCGCAGCGUGCAGCCAAAGGCGCCUCGCGCGCCGCUGCCGCAGCUGCACCCUGUCAGCUUCCUGCCGGGCGCGACGAUGAGCGACCUCUUCGCCGGCGACGCCGUGCAGCCGACGCCGAAGAGCGCCAGCCUGCUGUACGAGACCAAGGUGUACCACCGCGCCUGCGCGACGCCGUGCCCCGAGCCGCCGCUGGCACGCUUUGCGCUGCACAAGCCCGCGCAGCAGCGCUCCUCGCCCUCCGAGGCCGAGAAGGCGGCCCUUGCGCGCAAGAAGAAGCCCACCUCCGUGCUGCGCCUCCUUCGCUGA